AAGGCAAAAAGAAAGAUUUCAACAAGAGUAAAUUAGGGAGGAAAACUUCAGAAAGCAGGACUAAAAGGGAUAAGAGGAUAUUCCAGAGGACGUUUUUUGUGGUGAUGGAAGAGGUACUGAGCUAUGAAGAAGCCAUUAAGAGGGCAGGUGAUGCUAUUCAUCGGUUUCCUCUAAUAGAUGUUCAGGGUGUCCCUCUCAUGAGCACCAUUGCAGACAACUGGAAAUCAAUCUGGGAAUUCUGUCCUGACCCAUCAGACCUACUCAUCUCUACUUAUCCUAAAGCAGGCACAACCUGGACUCAAGAGAUAGUGGAUCUUCUACUGCACAAUGGAGAUGCUGAGGUGUGCAAGAGAGCGCCGACAGCUGUCCGUAUUCCAUUUCUGGAAAUUUGCGCUCCUCCACCUAUACCAUCAGGGCUUGACUUACUUAGACAGAUGAAACCACCGAGAGUAAUCAAAACUCACUUACCCAUUCAACUAGUGCCUAAAGGAUUCUGGGAAAAUAAAUGCAAGGUCAUCUAUACGGCCCGAAAUGCUAAGGAUAACCUUGUAAGCUACUUCCACUUUGAUCGUAUGAAUCUUACCCAGCCAGAGCCAGGACCUUGGGAUGGAUACAUUCACAAGUUCAUGAGGGGGAAAUUAGGUUGGGGCUCUUGGUAUGACCAUGUCAAAGGUUACUGGAAGGAAUGCAAGGAAAAGAAUAUUCUCUACAUGCUCUACGAGGACAUGAAGGAGAAUCCUCUUAGGGAGAUUAAAAGAAUCAUGCACUAUCUGGACCUGUCUGUUUCUAAGGAUGUCAUAGAAAGGAUUGUGCAGUUGACAUCCUUCCAAGUCAUGAAAGACAAUCCAAUGGCUAACUACUCCUACAUCCCAAAACCUGUGUUUGAUCAGUCUAUUUCUGCCUUCAUGAGAAAAGGAGAGGUCGGUGACUGGGUUAACCAUUUCACCCCAGCUCAAUCCAAGAUGUUUGAUGAAGACUAUGCAAACCAAAUGAAAGAUGCAGACAUUCCUUUCCGCUUUAGCAUGCAUUAAUAAUUUGUGCAACAUUACAUAUAUAAUAUCACAUUCACAUGCUAUUCAACUGAUCUCUUCUAAUUACAAAUAUGUAUUACAGAAAAUAACUUCUUUUUUUUCAGAGCAAAUAAAAUGUCAGCAUUUCUAUAAAAGUUUAGACCUAUAUCAGACUUAGAGCAUUAUGCUUUCAGGCUCAGGUACUUAAACGUUAUAAUUUAUAGCUUGAUUAAUUUACAGUUAAGGUCAAGACAAUUACCAGGAUAGAAAUAAAGAGCUAAAGUUAGCCAUUGUCCAGUGAGGGACUGAGAAAUGGAGGACAUGAUGGUGUCCAAUUUAAGGUUAUUUAGAUUUUCUUUAUAACCAUUUUUGAAAUGUUGAUAUUAUAAUGCAAUACUCUGUAUUGUUAUCUAACUGGAUGUAAUGUUUUAAAUUUGCACAAA